AUGAAAUCACUAUUAUAUACGCUGUUCCUUGCCCCCCUUGCGCACGGUUGGACCUUUCGUUACACCAACUCCACAAGCGACACAACCAUCCUCGAAGAAACCGGGUCAAGGAACUGCACCAAAAUCCAGUUAGCGAAGAACAAGCUCUUCAGCUGGGACCCUGAGGGUAGUAACGAGUGUGUUUCGAUAUACUACGAUGAAAACUGUGAAACCAGUGGAGGGUAUUCAUGUGCUUUUUGGAAGAAAAGCGCCAGUCACGAUUUUGGGAGCAUCGAUGUCUCUACUAGCAAUAAAGCGGCAAGUGUUUCGGUCAUCACCACAACUGAGACGGCCACGUCAACCUCUGCCUCCUCUGUGACUUCAACGACCGGGACUUCGUCAGCAGCCUCAACAUCAUCAACUUUCUCGGCUUCACCCACAACAACGAGUAGCGCAGCCACUACGGAUAGCACCUCUUCGAGCUCAACAAUAUCUGGUGGUGCAAUCGCAGGUAUCGUCAUCGGGGUCCUCGUCGGCAUCCUGGUCAUCGCUGCCAUUUUCUUUAUCCUCCGACGACGCAAUCGCAAACUUGCCGCCGCCGCCAAUUCACAAUCCGAUCCUUCGCUCCAAGGCCCCUAUGGGCGCCAGGCCUCUGUUCCAGAAACGAUAACGACAUUCGGGCCUUCGUCCACAUCCACUGCUCACCCUGCUGAGAAGUCGGCAGAUUCCGCACUCCGAGUCUUUGAAAUGCCCUCGCAUAAUCCACCUGUGGAGUUGGUUAGCACUCCUAUUAAUGAGAUGGAAGGCCAACCAGGAGAUAAGACCUAUUUCCCUCCGAAAUAG